AUGGUAGGCGCCGUAGGUGACACGGGGGUGGUGGACACCCUGGAGGCACGGCUGGAGAGCGCGAAGAGACGCCAUGAGGCGAAGGAGUUCGGCGACAUCCCUUGGGCGGUCGUCGACGCUGGCAUCCGUUCCGUGUGGGCGACGGAGCACCCUCCUUCUCAGCCUGCGUCUCCUCAACCGGUGAACGACGAAGGCGGCGUCGACGUGGGCGUCAACGCCGGGGGCGACCAAGUCGGCAGCAGUGCGGGAGGCACGUCGUCGAGGCAGCGUUCAGGCGCGAGGAAUGCGGUCGUCGGCGGCUGCAGGCUCCUCGCAGGGAUCUUGGUCACUCCCCUGCUGGUUGGUCGACCCGACAUACUCACCUGGAAGGAAGCCAUCGAGCCUCAGCUGGAGAUGGCCGGACUGAUAAACUUUGCUCGUGGUACUGUGGCGACGCCGGACGACCCCGACUUGCGAGCGGAGUUCCGCGCUGUGCAGCUGUUGACCUUCACAAUCAUCUCACGGUGCUGCUCGCCGGGCGUGCAGAUCGCCUUGAAGUGGUGCAGAGAGUACCUCGACGCCGGCCACCAGGCGUGGCACUUCAUCGAGUCGACCUACCAAGUCACCGACGACUUGUUCAUCGCCCAACUGGAGGGGCAGCUGACACACCUGCGUAUGGGCGACCAGGAAACGGCGACCGACUACUGCAACCGAGCCCGGCGAAUUCUCGCCACCAUCAGGAUGGCCGGCGCGGAGUACUCGACGGCGUCGUACGUCACCCAUGUCAUGCAGGGACUCCCGAGCAGCUACAACUUGCUGAAGCGGCUGUCGAUGGUGCCGAGCACGCGGGCGACGCUCAACGAGGACACGUUGACCUCGUACAUCCUGCAGGACGAGGCGAUGCAGGAGGCCGAGCGGUCCCAAGAGCUCUUGGCGCAGUCGACCAAGGAAGUCGACAAGAAGAAGUCGACCAAGGACAACGGCCGAGGAGGAGGAAGUCGACGUCGGGAAUGCUGGCUGUGCGGCGACCCCGACCACCUCUCCUUCGAGUGCCCCGACCGCAGUGACUCGGACGACGACGACAAGGGAGGCCGCGGGAGGUCUGUCAGUCCUCGACCUCGUCGAGGAUGGAGCCAGCCGUGCAAGGAGAAGCAGUCGACCAAGUCGUCGACCUCGGCGAAGGACGCCGACUCCUCUGCUGGCGGCAAGGGGCGAGACGACAAGUCGGCGUCGUGCUCUCUGGUCGGCGUCGUGGAGCCGACCGUUUCGCUGGCGCCAGAGGCCGGCGAGGACUUCCAGGCGAUGGCGGCAGCUGUGCAGGCUAACCCGGCGGUGGUCCUGCUCGACAGCGGCUGCUCCCACCACCUGAUGGGGACAAAGGACGCCUUCGUCGACCUGGGGCCGAGCGGCGACGUGAAGCACGUGCGUGGCUUCAAUGGGGCGCUGCAGGACGUCCAGGGCCGCGGCACCGUCGCCCUGCAAGGCGAGGCCGGGAAGCAGGUGCUCAUCCCCGACGUGCUGUACGUCCUGGGUGUGCGAGCAAACCUGCUGUCGUCCGGCCAGUUGAAGGAGCACGGCGUGAAGUUUCGGGAGGACGGCGAUGAGAUGCUGCUCGUCUCGGCAGCAGGGAAGGUACUUGGUCGGGCGACGUACUCCGGGCGAGUCCUCUGCACCGACCUGCGUCCCUGCUCAACGAGGUCGAUGUCGCCAAUGCCGGAGAUUGUGGCCCUGCGGGUGAUCGUCUCCAAGACGAAGUCGACGCCAGACAGGAUGCAUGCUCGGCUUGCGCACGUCGGCAUGGACACCAUCCGGAGCUCGGCGAAGAACGAGGUCGCCAUUGGGCUGGACCUCAAGUCGGCGACGGGCGCCGACUCACCGUGUGUCUCGUGCGUCGGCGGGAAGCUGGCACGGCACACCUUCCCCGACCAAGGCUCCGACGCCGCCGACGUGCUAGCCGUCGUCCACAUCGACCUGUGCGGGCCGUUCCGCGUUACUGAAGGACCGCAGACGAAGAAGUCGGUGUUGAUGCUGCGCUCGGACCAAGGCGGGGAAUUCCUCGGGAGGACGUUCACCGACUUCGUGGACGGCAAGGGGAUCGUCCACGACCUGACCUGCCCGUACACCCCGCAGCAGAACGGCAUGGCGGAGCGGGAGAUGCGGACGGUGGUGGAGUCGGUGCGGACGAUGCUGCUGCACAUGGGCGUGCAGCACCACUGGUGGCACCUUGCUCUGCGGCAGGCCGUCUGGAUCCGCAACUGCCUGGAGCGGUCGGCCACGCCGGGGACGACGCCGUACCAGCUGCUGACUGGGACGAAGCCCGACUUGUCGCUGGCGCGCGUGUGGGGCUGCAUGGCGCAGUUCCUUGUCCCCGAGCAGCAGCGUGGUGGUAAGCUGAAGCCGAAGGCCAGGUGGGGCCUUCACCUCGGCGUGUCGGAGGCGAGCAAGGGCUGGGAGCUCCUUGACAUUGCAGCCAACCAGGUGGUCACCACGUCGGACGUGGUGUUCUACGAGGACAUGUCGUUGGAGGAGUGGAAGUCGGCGCACGGGCCUGUGUCAGGGCGGACGCUGAUGGCCACGCCAACGGAUACCUCGACGGCAACUCUCCCUCUGCUCGCCGAGGUCGGUGAGCUUGCUGAGGACGACGCCGAGGUCGUCCACCCUUCCUCCCCCUCCCCUGCCCCUCCCCUCGUCGACCUGCGUGGGCUGACUCCGCUGUCGGCCUCCGGCGAUGAGGGGAGCAAUGGGACGUCGCCUGUGGCGCCGACCAAGGGCAUCGCCAGUGGCCGACGGGACGAGCAGCAAGUCGACGAGCAGCAGGUCGACCUAGGAGGAGUGCAGUCGACCUGGAUAAGGGGGGAGCAGGUCGAGGAGGUGCAGCCGAUUUGGGAGCAGCCCACAAGGAAGCAGGCAGCUGCAAGCCGACCAAGGAGCAAUCGGCGACCUGGCAGUCGGCAGGGGAGCUGA